AUGGCGUCCGCAGGAUUGCUGGGUGAGUCCGCUGAGCCGGUGUCCGUGGCGACGGUGUCUGUGGCGACGGUGUCCGUGGCGAGCGAGGUGACGGAGGCGUGGUCGGAGGCGUGGUCAGCCGAUUGGCCGGGGGGGCGCGUGGUGGACGGCGGAGGGACGGCAGGUGUGGGCGUGCAGAUGUGGCUGCCGGUGGCGUUCUACCUGCUGGUGUGCGUGUGCGGGCUGGCGGGCAACGCGCUGGUGGUGGUUGCCGUGGCGACCCGAGACCGGCUCUCCUCGUCCACUAGUGUCUACGUGCUGGCGCUGGCGCUCGCCGACGGGCUGUUCAUGCUGGCGUUGCCGCCGCUGGCCGCUCAGAGGCUGAUGGGACGCUGGGCGCUAGGCGACGCCGCGUGCCAGAUCACCAUGGCGCUGGACGGCAUCAACCAGUUCACCAGCGCCUUCCUGCUGAGUGCCAUGGGGCUGGACCGCUACGCGGCGCUGACGGCUCCGCUGCGCUGCUGGGCGUGGCGAGGGCCGAAGGGGGCGGGGCUUGUGGCGGCGGCGCUGUGGCUGCUGUCGCUGGCGCUCGUGAUGCCCGUGGCGUCGCGCUUCUCGGUGCGGGGCGGCUUCUGCUCGCCGGAUAUGGAGCUCGUCGAGGGGGACGGAGGCCUGCUGUUCCUGACGGCCGCGUUCGCGCUCGGCUUCCUGCUGCCGCUGGGCGUCAUGGCGACCACCUGCGGGGCGUUGUUGGCGUUGGCGUGGCGGCGGCGACGACGGCAGGCGGCGGGAACGGUCGUCACGGAGACGGAGCGGGCGGAGCGGCAGGUGGGGGUGAUGGUGGCGGCGGUGGCCGGCGCGUUCGGACUCUGCUGGACGCCGUUCUACCUGGUGAACUUCCUGUCGCUGCUAGCGCCCGCGCUGGUGGACAAGGCGUUCACGCGCGUGUUCGAGGCCGCCGUGCUGAUGUCGUACGCCUGGAGCUGUGCUAACCCCGCCCUCUACGCCCUGCUCUCCCCCACCCUCAGGGGACACUUCUCCAGCCUGCUCUGCCCCCGCAUGAACGGUUCUGCUGACCACAUGGACUCCUGGACGCCGCUGCCCGACCGGACCGGUCCGGACCUGCUGCUGCUCCUGCUGGGUAACGGGUCGGCGGAUCGGAACCCUAACGGCACGGGGCCGGUAGCUGCGGAGGACACGAGCACGUUCCCCCUGAUCACCCUGCUGUGUGUGUGUGUGUGUGUGCUGGGGCUGACCGGCAACGCGCUGGUCAUCUACGUGAUCCUCCGCUACGCCAAGAUGAAGACCGUCACCAACGUCUACAUCCUCAACCUGGCCAUCGCCGACGUGCUGUGCCUGGUCAGCCUGCCCUUCAUGGCGUCUCAGCUGGCGUUGGCCCACUGGCCGUUCGGCUCGGCUCUGUGCCGGCUGGUGCUGACGCUGGACUCGCUGAACCAGUUCACCAGCACGUUCUGCCUGUGCGUGAUGAGCGCCGACCGCUACCUGGCCGUGGUGCACCCGCUCCGCUCGGCUCGCUGGCGAACGCCCUCCGUCGCCCGCCGCGUCAGCGCGGGUGUGUGGGCCGCAUCGCUCGUCGUCAACGUGCCCGUCAUGGUGUUCAGCGGGCUGAUGACGCGAGGGGACACACACUCGUGUAACGUGCAGUGGCCUGAGCCCCAGGGCGUGUUCAACACGGCGUUCAUCUUCUACACCUUCCUGCUGGGCUUCUGCCUGCCGCUCACCGCCAUAUGCCUCUGCUACCUGCUCAUCGUCAUCAAGGUGAGGUCGUCGGGCAUGCGCGUGGGCUCCAGUAGGCGGCGGCGUGCGGAGCGGAAGGUGACGCGCAUGGUCUCCAUCGUGGUGGCCGUGUUCGUGCUGUGCUGGCUUCCCUUCUACGCGUUCAACGUCGCCGCGGUGACCUGCUCGCUCAGCAACCGUCUGAAGAGCACGUUCGAGCUGGUCGUGGUGCUGGCCUACGGCAACUCCUGCGCCAAUCCCGUGCUGUACGCCUUCCUCUCCGACAACUUCAGCAGAAGCUUCCGGAACGUUCUGUGUGUGCGGCGACGGGGCGCCAGCGGCGGCCUCGACGACCAAGAGCGUAGCGACAGUCGCCACGACCGCACGCGCAUGCUCAACAACGUCACCGUGGAAACGCACGGUGGCACACUGUUCAAUGGCGACCUGCAGACCAGCAUCUGA